AUUAUCCCGUUAAAACCUAUCAGGAAGUAAAUAGUGUUUCUUUACAGCUGUGGAUCAUUUGCGCUGUUAAUAAUUAUAAAUAAGUUACAUAUAAUAAACACGGUUACAUAUGCAUAUUUGCAUGAGACUGUAUGUAAUGUUUUUAAAAAGCAAGAGAAACCAGCAAAGUCACUGUUCUGUUAGAAUAUUGAUUUUUAAAUUAUAAUGAUAGCUGUUCUAAACAAUGAUUAUCUAGUGUGUUAGUGUAGCCUAUUACUGUGUGAGUGCAGAUGAUCAUUAUCAUGUAGUGUGAAGUAUUCCACAAAGGUACGUGAGAUAUAGACAUAGAUACAGAUAUAGAAUAAAGCUUAGAUAUUGAUGAUUAUUUGUGAAGCAGUUGUAAGAAACGCGAUAUGAAAACAUGACCUUAAAUUACGUAAAUUACCUUUUGAUCAGUGGGAUUGUGUGAAUUUCUUUCGUGUCUAUGUGUGUUAUGUGUGUGAGGUGUUAAUCCCACUCUGCAGUUCUGCGCCAUAAUGAAAUCCAUGUUUGCCUGCUGAUUGGGUGAGAGCGCCCAGGCCCGAGUCACGUGACGAGUUCUUUGGUCCAGAGUAAAAAUGGGGUUUGGUGUAAAUCUAGGGUGUAUUGCGGUCAUAUAUCACGCUACCUCGUAAAAACGACACCGAGGAUUCUGGGCCAACAAAUCAGAGAGAAAAAAUAUGAGUUCUUAUUAUGUGGAUGGUCUUCUUAGCACAUAUACGGCGGGUAGUUCUCUGUUCCCAAACGUAGAGCGGGCUUCUUGCGGUAUUGGACCCAGUGGAGAAGACCGUGGCUCGGCUCGGACUGCUGCGGCCAUCGCGUUUCCACCGUCUCUGUCUGGAGUUUACAGCGUCAAUAAUGCAGUAUACCAGAGCCACCCCAUGUUUACCUCGGGCUAUAGCCAGGUGCAGGACGCGCACACACAUCAUUGCAGCCCGUUUGACCAGAGCCGCCUGUUCAGCGACAGCUGCUGCCAUCCAGGGCCGGGGCCCCUCACCUCGCCGCCGGACAAACAAUACCGGAUGUACCCCUGGAUGAAAGCAUCAGAUCCAAAUCGAAAGCGGGGGCGGCAGACCUACUCCCGGUACCAGACCCUGGAGCUGGAGAAGGAGUUCCAUUUCAACCGGUACCUGACCCGCAGGAGGAGGGUCGAGAUCGCCCAUGCCCUCUGCCUCUCAGAGAGACAGAUCAAAAUCUGGUUUCAGAACCGGAGGAUGAAGUGGAAGAAAGACCACAAGGACGAGCCGGUGUCAAACCCCGGGGAAAAUGAUGGUGACAUCCAGGCUGUGUCCGAGGCCACGCGAGGGCCCGACACUGGGGACACCGGCGGCUCCGGUGUGGAGUCAGAAACGGCUGCGAAGUAACGAAAGACAGAGAAUUAAACCAUGAAUGAAAGAAAUACACUGUUAAGUAUGGAGUAGGAAUAUAACUGACACACCAUUCAUGCACUACGGCUUCAUAGCCUGAUUAAUUGAAUGACAGCUGAAGGCAAUUAUGUAAUAAGCAUUUAACAGCAGUUAAACUGUAAGAUCUGCGUUUCAUAUUUAAACCUGAAAUUCAUUUAAAAAGACGGCUCUGCAUGAAAGAGCGAUAAUAACUACCUAUCCAAACUCUAUUUUUAUAUACGCUAUAAUAUGUGAUAUGUGAUUUAACCUGAUUAUACUACUGAAUCAACAUUCCUUUAACGAAAAACUACCUAAUUUUUACCUGAUAAAAUCCAAAUCACUGACGCAACGAAUUCAACAUAUGUUGAUAUUGAUUGUAAAUUAAUCUAUUCUACCUAUUCGAGUUUUUGUCCUCUCUCUCUCUCCACAGACGGUUGUAUUUUUAAAGGGAACAAAUACAACAUUCAGCGCAAAUGUGCCUUAUUUUGAAAAAUAGGCUAAUUAAAAGUGAAUGUUUUGUUAGUUAAAUGCCUACAACUGUGAUUUAGGUUCAGUGAGUGUAUCGCUAUAUUGUUUUUUAUUAUCACUUUAUUCAUUAGAAUAGUGACAUGUCUGUUUUUUUCUUCUUUUUUUUUUAUUUUUUUUUAUCCCUGUCUUGGGCCACCAGAAUGAACAAAAAUAUGUGUUUAGUUUCGGGAUGAACUCAUGUAACCUACCUCAGAUUCCCAGAAGCCCACGUGCUUAUUAUUACUGUAAACAGGAAUACCCCCCUAAUGUAAAUGUUUUGAAGUCUUAGCUGUGUAUACUGUGAAAUGUUGGUAUUAUCAUGUUCAGGCUCAAAAUUUCAUACGUAUUUGUGAAUACCAACAGGGCUCGUUAAUGCAUGCACUUUUUUUUAAAUUUAGACAGCGUUACAUUUCAGUAUCAGGUUCCUUUCUUUUGCCAGUGUAAAACGAGCAAGGCUAUUCUAAUCCACAAUGUGCAAAUACUGUGAUAUAUUUAAGUCCAGUGCCCACAUACUCAAUGUGAAGUGUCAGUAAUAUGUGAACAAAUGAAUAUAAAAAACAUCUUAAACCUCUGGGAAUGUCUUAAAGCUGUAAAUGAAAAUAUAAUAAUUGAAUAAAAAUAGCUUUUAUCUGCA